AUGUCCAAGCCCGGGGAGAGAAACAGACUGAACGAGGACCAUGGCAGAAAACAGAGUUCAAGUUUGGCGAACGGCAUGGACAGUCAUUCUGGCUCCACGGAGAAGCGGAAUCACCACUGGAGAAGUUACAAGUUGAUAAUAGACCCAGCGCUGAAGAAAGGAUCCCAGAAACUCUACCGCUACGAUGGGCAGACGUUCAGCAUGCACAACCCCGGAUUACCGCCAGUGGACUCGGUUCGGGACCCACGCAUCGGGCGCCUCUGGACCAAGUACAAAGAGACCGACUUACCUGUGCCCAAGUUUAAGAUCGAUGACUGCUACAUUGGACCGGUGCCCCCAAAGGAGAUCACGUUUGCCCGAUUAAACGACAACAUAAGGGAAGGAUUUCUUACUGACAUGUGCAAGAAGUUUGGAGAAAUCGAGGAGGUGGAGAUUCUGUACAAUCCUAAAAACAAGAAGCACUUGGGGAUCGCUAAAGUGGUAUUCGAGUCGGUGAAAUCAGCCAAAGUGUGCGUUCAGUCGCUGCACAACACGUCAGUGAUGGGGAGCCUGAUCCACGUGGAGCUGGACCCCAAAGGUGAAAAUCGCCUUCGAUACUUUCAGCUCCUGAUGAAUGGAAGCUACACGCCGCGGACGCUUCCAGUUGGUGGUGACGAGACUAAAGAAGUCUCCCCUCGAACUCUUGCUGAAGCCCUAUUGGCGUGUGAGCCCAUCCGGAGGUUGUCUGAGAGCAGUGGACCUCUUCCUCCCAGUAACUCCACGACUCCUCUGUCGUCUGAGGCGGGAUACUCCAGUCUGCGGCAGGACACGCCUCAGUCCCAGGGCACGCCUCACACCCCACGCCAGAGCACCACGCCCUUCUCCCAGGACUCCAACUACUCGUCCCGUCACUCCACGCCUGCGUACCAGUCCAGCCGCGCCGAGAGCUCCGCGGGGGGCUACAAGUCCCGCAGACACGACAGUAAGUUCCAGGACGCCUACAACCGGCGCCCGGAGAGGCCUCAGUACCGGAGCUCCAUGUUCAGGUCCGAGCACAGCAGCUACAAGCAGCAGGCCACACCCCCUGAGCCUCCACCACCAACACCAACGUACCAAUACUCUGCUCCCACUCCCCCCACGCCUAGCUUCAAGUCCAACUUCUCACCCUAUCAGACCCCCCUCCCCCCCGCCUUCCCCCCUGCGGAGCCUGCCUACCACCACCCGUCUCAGAGGGACACGUACCUCAGACCUCCUCAGCCGCCUCCAGAAGCUCCUCCUGAGUUUCCCACCACCCCGCCCCCCCGGACCCCUGAGCGCUGCCCCUCUCCCAGCUCCCCCAACAUGGACUCAGAGCGCAACAGUCUGGACUCCAGGAUUGAGAUGCUGCUCAAGGAGAAAAGGACAAAACUGCCUUUUUUAGCCGAGCGCGACUCGGACCCAGAGGUGCGGAUGGAGGGCAGCCCCAUCUCCUCCUCCUCCUCCCAGCUCUCCCCCAUUCCCCCCUUCACAGGCAGCUCUCAGGGGGCUCACACCUCCCGUCCCUGUAGCACCGGUCUGGAGGACGUGAGCCCAACUCCACUGCCAGACUCUGAGGACGAGGAGCUGCCGCUGUCCACCGCCGCACUCCUGCAGAGGGUCAGCUCUCCUCUGAGGGACAAACGCAGCAAAGACAAAGAUGGCCACUAUCGAGCACACACGCCCACGGAGAAGAUGGACCAGAGUCAGCAGUCGUCCGGAGAGGACAUGGAGAUCUCGGAUGACGAGAUGCCGAGUACGCCCAUCACCGGAGACUGCGCCAAAGGCAUCGUGGUGAACUCUGCUCUGUCGCCGCUGCACUCUAUGGCCCUGCACCCCUCCAGCCUCUUCCACCAGGGGGGGUACGCCCUGCACCACUACGGUCCUCACCCUCACAUGGGGGACCCUCACGGCCUCUCUCACCACAUGCUCCCCCACAUGGACCCCUACGCCCACGGCAUGGUGCCCCUGGUGCAGGUGGAGCUGAUGAACUGCCUGCGCUGGGAGCAGUGGAGCUCGGUGCCCAUGUCCUUCCAGAUGCAGCAGCAGGUUCUGAGUCGCAUGGCUCAGACCCGAGGGCCGUACCCCUACCCUCAGUACAUGGACAGCAGCUUUGGGCCCUACCCCCCUCUGUCUAUGAGCACUUCCCCAGUGAGUGGAGCUGCUCCUGGGCAUCAGUGGCAGCAAGCUAGCGUACCAAAGUUCAACCCCACGGUUCCUCCACCUGGGUACGACUCCCUGAAGGACGAUCCUCACAAAGCCACAGUGGACGGAGUCUUGUUGGUCAUCGUCAAAGAGCUGAAGGCCAUCAUGAAGAGGGACCUGAACCGCAAGAUGGUGGAGGUGGUGGCCUUUAGAGCGUUUGACGAGUGGUGGGACAAGCAGGAGCGCUCGGCCAAGGCGUCUGUGACACCAAUCAAAGGCACAGAAGCUAAAGAUGAAGAACCCAAACCCAAACCUAAAGAAACCAUGGGCUCCAGUCUGUUGGAGAACUGGAACAAAGGAGAAGGUCUGGGCUUCGAGGGAAUGGGGCUCGGCAUCGGUCUGAGAGGAGCCAUCCGCCUGCCGUCCUUCAAGGUGAAGAGGAAAGGUCCUGAUGCCACCGCGGUCAGUGAAACUAAACGUCCUCGACCGUCCACUCCAGUGGACGACAAGGACGGGAGCAAACCAACCGAGUGCAAGCUGGAUGAAGACGCGGCGGCGGCCAAACGGCGGCAUUCCCGACCUCUGGAGCUGGACAGUGAAGGAGAGGAGGCCGACACGUCUGAGAAGGAGGAGUCUCUGUCCGACCGGGAGGAGGAGCGAGAGGAGGCCGAGGCCAAAGGCAUACCAGCGAGCAAGAGUGAAGAGGAUAGCGACGAAGAGCAGGACUCGUCAUCUGAAGACGCGUCCUCAGAUUCCUCAGAUGAAGAUGACGCACAAUCCGUCGUGUCUAAAGCCAGCUCGGACUCGGGAUCUGCGAGCUCGGACUCUUCUGAGUACGAGGUGAGCUCUGAGGAAGAGGAGAGCGAGGAGGAGGAAGAGCGAGGGAGUGAGGUGGAGGACGGCAGUAAGAAGACCUCCUCAUCCUCCUCUUCGUCGUCGUCCUCCGAUGAGAGCGAAGCUGAGACAAAGGAGGCCCCUGGUUCCCCACCUCUAUCAGACACACAGGAGGCCAGACCCCCGAGCCCAAAGGAGCCAGAGGAGAAACUCAGGCCGCCAUCGCCACGGGCCACAGUGAAUCUCUCUGAUGAUUUUGGGAAGUCUCUGGUCUCAAACCUCCGUCCUCCGACUCCCACCGGUGUCCAGGACAGUGACGCCGAGUCCAAAGGUAAAACUGAGACAGAGAGCGCUGUGGUUCCUCCUGUCGAGCCCUCUGCCUCCAAACCCUCUGCAUCUCUACUGCACCUCCCUCUCCCUUCGUCUCUGGAGCGUCGCUCUCUCCUCCACCCUCCCCCCUCCUCCCUCUCAGACCUCCCCCAGCAGCCGGACCUCCCCCAUCGGCCACGCCUUCCCACAGAGGAGGAGCUGCCCAGGACUCCCGGCCGUGACCUUCUUGGGCGUGCGCGGAGCCUGGGUAAGUCCCAGAGCACGGACACGGUUCCCGUCACCCCCGGAGGAGACGGUCCUCUGACGGGCAGCAGUCUCCUCAGCUCCCCUCACGUCCCCGGCAGUCCCUUCUCUUACCCCGCCCAGUCCCCUGUCCUCAGUGCUGGCCUCCCUCGGACUCCAGGGAGAGAUUUAACCUUCGCUCCUGUGUUCCCUGACCCCACAGCGCUGAGCAGGACCAGCUCCACAGACGAUGGAGCCGUGUUCAAAGAGCCUCCUCUCAGUGCGGCUCAGAGUGUCUCUGAGGACACGGCUCUGUCUCUGCAUGUCCCUGCUCCGUCGGACAAGAAGAAAGCUGCCAGACUCAAGUCCAAGAAGCCUGCAGUGGUGCCUGAGGAGAAUGUGAAGGCCCCGGUGGCCCCUGAGGAGCCUCCUCGGUCCCCUGACCUCCCCACAUUGGACUUCAGGGACCAGGAGGAGCCUCAGACCGUGGUGGACGACGGCUUCUUGUCGUUGGACGACGAGGAGCGAGUGGUGAAGCCGACGCGGAGAGCGCGCAGGACGUACGAGGAGCUGCUGCUGGGCUCGCUUUCUCCCGUCUCCACGCCGCGGCACACUUACUUCAAACCGCGGUCAGACUUCGAGGAGAUGACGAUUCUCUACGACAUCUGGAACGAAGGCAUCGACGAGGAGGACGUUCGUCUUCUCAAGGUCACCUACGAGAAGAUGCUGCAGCAAGACAACGGCAACGACUGGCUCAACGACACUCUGUGGGUCAACCACCCAACGACCAACAUCCCCGGAGUGAAGAAGAAGCGGCGAGACGACGGAAUGCGAGAUCACAUGACCGGCUGCGCUCGGAGCGAAGGCUACUACAAGAUCGACAAGAAGGACAAGAUCAAGUACCUCCAGAGCACGCGUCUUCUGUACGACGAGGUGCCCUUCGACACGCAGGGGAUGAGUAUUCCGGCUCAGGUGCACGCCUCGACCAGAGCAGGAUCAGAGCGACGCUCGGAGCAGAGACGGCUUCUGUCGUCCUUCGCCUGCGACAGUGACCUGCUCAAGUUCAACCAACUCAAGUUCCGUAAGAAGAAGAUCCGCUUCUGUAAGUCUCACAUCCACGACUGGGGCCUGUUUGCUCUGGAGCCCAUUGCUGCAGACGAGAUGGUGAUCGAGUACGUGGGCCAGAACAUCAGACAGGUGAUCGCCGACAUGAGAGAGAAACGGUACGAGGAGGAGGGCAUCGGCAGCAGCUACAUGUUUCGAGUCGAUCACGAUACGAUCAUCGACGCAACCAAGUGUGGAAACUUUGCCCGAUUCAUCAACCACAGCUGCAACCCUAACUGUUAUGCGAAAGUGAUCACGGUGGAGUCUCAGAAGAAGAUCGUGAUCUACUCCCGGCAGCAGAUCAACGUGAACGAGGAGAUCACCUACGAUUACAAGUUUCCCAUCGAGGACGAGAAGAUACCGUGUCUGUGCGGCGCCGAGAACUGCCGAGGGACGCUCAACUAG